CUGAGCACAGCGCGCUUACUGCGCUGUUGCUCGGCCCACACGCUGCCCCAAGCCCCGAUAUAGCUCGAAGGGAUCCGUGGCAGCCUCGCCGCCGCCGCGUGGCGAGCCCUACUGGCGAAAAACAGCCCCUCACUACUGGGCAGCCUCACUCUGCUGGCAUCCGUGGCAGCAACGCCGCCGCUGCGUGGCGAGCCCUGCUGGCCAGCAUGGCACCACGACACAUCCUCUUCCUCCUAUGGGUCGCGGAAGCCGCAAACAACACGACACUCGCGCCGUCGACGUUCGCGCCGACGACGACACCCGCGCCCACGUCUUCGAGGCACCACCCGGAAGCCUGCCAGGAGCGCUGCUACCCGGAGGAAGGGCAAAACUACGACGAGGACUGCUGCGCGCUCCGGGACCGGAUGUCCUGCCUCGGCAACUACACGCUGAUACAGUUGGGCUACGUGUGCGCGUCGGGCGACGGCUGGAAGGCGCAUGCUUACGAGUGCGUCCCCUGCGAGGGACCGGCCUGCGAUAACGGUCCCGGCGACGACGCGGACGAGUGCGACGACCAUGGGAUGUGGUGGCUUUGGGUCAUUUUCUUACCGAUGUUCGUGAUGAUCAUUUCGAUCGUCUGCGGCAUCUGUUGUUGCUUGCAUUUCCAAGCUCGUAGGCACGCGUGGGAGGACCAGUUCGCGGACAGGCCGAUCAUGCUGACCCACCGGCCGUGCGUGGAGAUGCGCCACGUGCCCGUCGCCGAGGCAUUCGUCGCGCAGGAAGGGGUGGUGCAGGGCGAGGCGCGGCCCGGGGACUCGGCAUCCGUCCCGACCGCGGCCGCCGUCGAGUACCCCCUGCCGCCGCUGCCGCCCUCGUAUCGGGCGCCACCACGAUAACAUAUACUUAAUUGUUUCUAUCGACGAGUCCGCCCCGUCGUUGAGCGCCCCGCGCGCGGCGAUGGCGCGGAGCCGCGCCACGACGCCGUCCGCCGACACGCUAGCGACCUCAUCGAGGCGCGUCUUUGCGUCGCGAUUGAAGUGCAGGACGAGCGGCGCAAGGCCAC